UCAAAUCAAAUAAAUUCCUUGAUGUGGCUAUUUGAUUGGUUAUGGCAGCUUUAAAGAAUCCAUUGCUAUCAUAUGAAUAGUCUUCUAAAAGAGGGAUGUAGAAAUUACUAUGAUACUGAGAUGACAAAAUAAAAUGAAUUUUCAGACACAGCUUUCUGGAAAAUGAGCGGUCAGUUAUGGACCCAUGCACAAUAAUUCUAAGAUUUUAGAUUCAAAAAGUAUUAAGUUCAUCGCCUCGUACUUUACAUCGUAACAUCGCGGCAUUCAUGUUGAUAGGCAUGAUGCAUUUUAUAACGAAACUAAGAGAUGUACAAAAUGUUAUUAUUUGAACAUCUUCGAAUCAAAGAACAGUAAACAACAAUACAUUGUUGGAAUCUGAAACCACUGAAAACAAACAUAGCUCGGCGAUUUCGCCCAGUCAACUGAAAUAUUGUUCAGAGUUCUUUGGUCAAUUAAUUUUCUUAUUUCAGUCAUUGUCUCUCGAAUCAUAUAUUUAAUUUUCUAUAAGAUUUUUUUUUACAUCAAAAUGCAUUUUUCGGUGAAUAUCAUUCCAAUGGUUUCUAAAACCUAAAUAAAAAAAUUUUAAUUUUCGUAUCGACAAUAAGAUUUCUGCAAAACUUUGAAAUUUAGUUAGGAAAAGAAAUAAUAACAAAGUUUGUCUGGACAUGGAGUACAAUUUAUCCAGUAGCAAGAAGCAGUCUAAGAUUUCUGGCAGGUCUUUCGUGGGCAUCGCGGUGGCACUCGCGGACGCUGCCGCCCAAACAGGAGUCAUUAUGCAAUUCUACUAUGGAAACAUGUUUCCCUUCUAUAUCUACAGAUACACCUAUCAGUCCUCCUCUGCCGAGAUGGUGUCCUACUCCGUCUUCAGAUCCCUCUUCCUUUUCCUCGUCUCCAUUCUCACUCUCGCAGACUCCCAGGAGUAUCCGAAGAGGUUCCGAGAGCUGAACCACUUUGUACUCAUCAUUAAUGGCGUCUUGGCUAUUUCAGUUGUGGCGAAGAUCUUGGUGUUCUACGGGUCGGCAGCAUAUGUUUCGUGGCUAUUCUGGGAGAGCUGUGUCGUGUGUGUGUCAUUCUCAGUUAUUCACCCAAUUACAUGGCGAUAUGUGACCAACAUAGACAAGGCACAAGAGAAGAAGAAGCAGAAUGCAGACCAGCUCAGAAGGUCUUCUAUGGACAGGGCCAUGACUCUCAUCGACGACAGCAGGACUGCCAGUUUCGCCGAUAGUGGCCGAAUGAGUUUCGCAGAAAUACGAAGCGCAAAGGUGGAAAAACUGCUGAAGAAGAAGGAAAACUGGGAGUUCUUCAAAGCCAAGAAACUGGUCGACCUCAGUUGGUCAGGCACCCUGCUGUUUCUCAUUGGCUUCUUCAGUUCAGUGGCCUCGGGAAUUGUGGAGAUUUUUAUCCCCUACUGUCAGGCGAAAAUUGUGGGAAUUGUGGUAUCAACAAGGCCUUUAGACUUGAACGUGAGUGGGGUUAAUCCGAAGUACGUUCACUUCGUGAUAGCGGUGGGACUGCUGAUGCUGGCCAAGAGUGUCCUCAUACUUCUGAGCAGCGCAUUCCUCUCCAGAGCCAAGGACAGGCUGGAGUACAAGAUACAAAGUGUACUCUUCAGCAAACUACUUCUCGAGAAGCAGCCGUUCUUUGACAGGAGGAGCAACGAGAGCAUCAUGCAGAGGAUCACGGGGGAUGUGGAGAGCACUGCCUCCAUCAUCACCCACUCCUUCACCACCUUCGUCAGGUGCACAGUGAAGAGCAUCGUCGUCUUCAUGUUCCUCGUCGUAUCCGUAUGUUGGGAGUUGUCAUUUGUGAUGUUGUGUGCGGUGCCUGUGCUUAUUUAUAUCACCAUCAACUACACGUACAAAGUGAACGAAUUGAGGGAGGAGAUAGACGUCAACAUCGACGAUGGAUUCGAACAAGUCUCAGAGUGCUUCAGGAAGAUAAAGACUUUGAAGCAGUUCCGCACUGAGAAGUUGGAGUCUGGUCUGUUCACGAGGCGUCUCAAGGACAUCGACAGACACAAGAAGAGUCUCAGCUACAGAAUAGGACUAUUCAAGGGAUCUCUCAGUUUCAUACAGGUUGCCCUUCUGUUCACUAUCCUGGUGUAUGGUGGCCAUCUGGUGAUGAAUGACCUCGUGGACGGAGAGUCCUUCCUCAUUUUCCUCUUCAUGCACCCGGACAUGAUAGAGGGCAUAGAGGAGAUAGGACGCACAUUCACAGAAAUAGUACAGAGCUACUUGUGGGCCAUGCGUCUCAUGGACACGCUGAACAAACUAUACAACAGCGAAGAAGAGAGGAAGAAGGAGGAGAAAGUGGACCAGAGAGGGGGCUGCAGACCCCGGGGAGGAGGAGGAGACAAGAGGAGAGGAGGAGGAAACAGCAGAGUGGGGCAGUGGGGAAUAGGGGAGAUAAGCGACAGGGCGACCGUAAGACGCCUGAGAGGCGACGGAGAUAUUGAGCUACAAAUAAGAAAGCGAAGAACUUGGCAACGUCUGCAGAUCAGCCCCACCCUCCACAGACCAGAAGAGGUCAGGGGGUCAAUCACAUUCGAGAACGUGCAGUUCGCAUACAGGGUCAAUAAGCCGAAAGGAGGAAACAGCAGUAACACCAGUAUUAAACUGAACAGUGGGGAGAGCUCUAAUGUGCUGCAGGAUAUAUCGUUCUCUGUCGAACCAGGACAGGUGGUGGCGCUGGUAGGUCGAAGUGGCUGUGGAAAAUCAACCUGUCUGAGACUUCUAUCUAGAAUGUACGAGCCCAACUUCGGUCAGAUUCUGCUGGACGGACGUUCGAUCCAAGACUACGAGUCUGGCUUCUUCCACCAGCAGGUGGUGCAUGUAAGCAGUGAAGUGGAACUACUCAAUAGGUCCAUUAAGGAGAAUGUCCAGUAUGGCAUAAUGGGCGCCAGCGAGAUCGAUCUGAUGAAGGCGGCGGAGGACAGCAAUGCGAAGCCGUAUUUGGAGGAGUUCUACUCUGCGUGGGAGGAGACCAAAGUGGCCCACAAGGUCAACUCCAACAAGGAACACAAACUACUCCUGGGAAGGGCACUCAUCAGAAAACCGCAGGUGGUGUUGAUUGAUGAAGUGGCUAUGAGAUUGGACGCUGAAAUUGAAGAACUAUUUGAGAAACAGCUUCUCAGGAGCUCCAGGAGUGACAGCGUGUCAGACAUCAACACAAUCAAAAAUGGCUACCACCCUACCAUCAUGAUCAUAGCACACAAGUUGAGCACCAUUCAAAAGUCAGACAAGAUCAUAGUGUUGGACAACGGCAGAGUAGUGGGGGAGGGAACGCACGAAGAGCUGAUUGGGAAGUGCAGCGUUUACCUGGAGAUAGUGCGGAAACAACUGAAUAUGAUCCACAGUACAGAAAGGAGGAAAAAGUAUAGCAGUAAAAUGCAACCGCAGCUGAGCAGAUCGAAGAGCAGCUUCAAGUCACAGUCCAGUCCUAUUAAACACCUUUAGAGUCCAACUGUCAGAGUGAAAUCCGAGCAAAAUUAAACGGAGAUCCAAAAAAAUUUAACGAAAGCGAAAGGAAGUCGAAAUUUCUCCUGUUUAUAAAUUGAACAAAAACUCUAAAGAUUAGUUUCUCAGCGCAUAAGCGUUCAUUUUGGGAAUUAUAGUUUAGCCUUCAAAAUUAUUGUAAAAACUCCCUGAAACAUAACAUUAAUGGUAGAAACUUAUAAAAACGUCACCAUCGACUUACAACAAAUAUCUGCG